AUGUUAGGUCGUACAUUAUACAAUAAUACAUUAACAGCAAUGAAACAGAAAGUUAUCGUUAUAGCAGGGACUACAGGUGUAGGGAAAUCUCAAUUAGCUGUAGAACUAGCUACACGUUAUAAUGGUGAAAUUAUUAAUAGUGAUACAAUGCAAGUAUAUCGUGAUAUUCCCAUAGUAUCGAAUAAACAUCCGAUGGUAGAAAGAAAUGGGAUACCUCAUCAUGUAAUGGAUUUUCUACCUUGGGAUAAAGAAUAUUAUUUACAUCAAUUUGAAAUUGAUGCGCGCCGUGCCAUCGAUGAUAUCAUCUCUAGAGGUAAAUUACCAAUUAUUGUUGGUGGUACUCAUUACUAUUUGCAAUUUUUAUUUGAUAAAUAUAUUAAUACUGCUACUACCAAGAAUGAUGAUGAUGACGUUAAUCAUUUAGAAACCAAUUCGAUUAGAGAAGUCGCUGAAUCUGAACAAAUCAUAUUGGAUAGUAAAGAUAAAAAUAAAAUAUUUAAUACUUUACAAGAAAUUGAUCCGAAGAUUGCAUCAAGAUAUCAUCCAAAUGAUGAACGUCGUGUACGUCGUAUGCUUGAAAUAUAUUUCACAACAGGGAACCGACCCAGUGAGUUGUUCGCAGCUCAAACUAAACAAUUGAGAUAUGAUACUUUAUUCCUAUGGUUAUAUAGUGACCCUGUCGCAUUAGAUAUUAGAUUGGAUUCACGUGUGGAUGAUAUGGUUAAAGCAGGAGCUUUAGCUGAAAUCGAUCAAUUAUACAAUUUCUAUCUAUCUCAACCGGAACAUAACGAUCAUGGUGGUGUUUGGCAAGUCAUUGGUUUUAAAGAAUUCUUACCAUGGUUGAAAGAUGGAAAACGUAACGAAAAAUUAUGGAAUGAAGGCGUUGAUAUGAUGAAAUUACAUACACGUCAAUAUGCACGUAGACAAAUUAAAUGGAUUCAAAAAAUGUUAAUUCCGGAUAUUGGAGGUGACAUAUUUGUAUUGGAUGCGACGGAUUUAACACAAUGGCAUCAAGUAGUAGGAGAUCGGGCUUCGGAUAUAACUUCAAUUUUUUUAAAUAUUAAAAAAAAUGAUGACAUAAAUAAAAUUCGUGCGCCAAAGGAAUUAAUGCAUUUGAUCUCUGAUGAACAAACCGUAGGGAAGAAAAGAGGUAUAUCUAAUGAGGAUUGCCAACAUUUUACGUGUGAAAUUUGUAAAGAUCAUGAUGGCAAUGGAUUGGUCGCAAUUGGUUCAAAACAAUGGGCAACUCAUUUGAAGAGUCGUAGACAUAAAGGGAAUUUAACAAGAGGUAGUAAGAAAGCGGCAUAUGAGAAAUGGAAAUUGACUCAACAAAAUAAUACGCAAUAA